AGUCUAAUGUACACAAAUUUUUACUAUGAGGAUAGUUCUUUUAAGACAAAUAUCGAUUUUUUUAAAAUCUCUACUACAAGGAACAACUUUUAAAAAGUAAAGACUAUUCUCUUUGAGGAAUUGUCAUAUAAACGUUGUGCAUGCAUUGGUUAUAUUUCAAAUCUUCCUUGUUAAUAAAAUUCCUGAUUUUCUAUAUAAAUAGUCCAAAAAAUACAAGAUAAAAUUGACCAAAAACUGAGAAUCUAAAACAAUGUUCUGCCAAAGUUUGAUUUUAGUGACAGUAUUUACAAUUCUUAGCAUUUGUACCUGCUACCCAAGUCAAUUUUAUAGCUUUGGUUCGGGUGCUGGAGACAGCGAAUUGCCUGCCAAUGACGACGGUUCAACUCCGAGUAUUCCUAUUGCUGUAUCCUUUCCUUUCUUUGGGUCAACUUACAAUUCCAUUUUUGUCAAUAAUAACGGAGACAUCACGUUUGAAAGGCCACUUAGACAAUAUACUUCAGAGCCUUUUCCAAUAAAUGGAACCCAUAAAAUCAUUGCACCAUUUUGGACAGAUAUUGAUACAACAGAAGGAGGUAAAUUAUGGUAUCGCACAACAACAGACUACAAUACAAUGGGACAAGGAACGCGUAAGAUUUGCUCUCUUUUUCCUAAUAUAGGGACCUUCCUUGCCACAUGGAUGAUGAUAAUGACAUGGGAUAAUGUAGCUAUGUAUCAGUGUUCAUCUUCUGGGAGUAUAAGUUGUCAACAGAGAAACACUUUUCAACUUGUGUUAAUCACAGACGGUGUCCAUUCAUUUGCUGUAUUUAAUUACCACAAAGUCACAUGGACAAAAUCAACUCAGGUUGGAUUUAAUGCUGGUGACGGAGUAAACUUUUUCUCAGUUCCUGGGUCAAUGACAGACACUGUACUAAAUCUUCCUCAGAUGUCUAACAUUAUGAUUCCAGGACAGUUUGUAUUUAGAGUGGAUCAGGCUAAAAUAACUAAUGCAGAUGUUAUUAAUGAAUGCAACAGUUCCCCCUGUGUACAUGGACGUUGUUCCAAUGAGUACCUUCGAUAUGAAUGUAUCUGUGAUCAGGGAUACUCAGGUGUUAACUGUGAAACUGAUAUUGACGAAUGUGCUAGUUCUCCUUGCGUUCAUGGUGCAUGUGCAGAUCGAAUCAAUGGAUACGUGUGUAACUGUAUACCAGGGUAUUCUGGGAUCCAUUGUGAAAUAGACAUUAAUGAAUGCGCCAGCUCCCCCUGCAUACACGGCAACUGCACUGACCUAGUCAAUGGAUACACCUGUCAGUGUUUACUUGGUUAUACCGGAAUUGUUUGUGAAACAGACAUUGACGAAUGUUUGAGUUCUCCUUGCAAACAUGGGAUCUGCAUUGAUAAAGUCAAUGAAUAUCGUUGUGUUUGUGAAACAGGAUACUAUGGGAGACAAUGCUCAGACAAUACAAAAUUUUAUGUUAAUCGCACUGUUCUAACAUCUAAGGUCAAUAACAAUGGAGACGUUACGUUUGAGACUCCAUUAAGACAGUAUACUUCACAACCUUUCCCAAUAAAUGGAAGUCAUAGAAUCAUAGCACCAUUUUGGACUGAUAUAGAUACAAGGCAAGGAGGGAAAUUAUGGUAUCGCACAACCACAGACACAGCUGUAUUAGAAAGAGGGACGACUAAAAUCAACUCUUUCUUCCCUGACAUUUUAAAUUUCACUGCCACGUGGAUGAUGAUAAUUACAUGGGAAGACGUGGCUGCGUUUGGCUGCUCUGCCACCGGUGCCAUAACUUGUCAGCAGGUCGGGUUUAAUGCUGGUGAUGGAGAGAAUUAUUACUCAGUUCCCGGGUCAAUGACAAACGCUGUGUUAAAUCUUCCUCAGAUGUCUAAUAUUGGAAUUCCUGGACAGUUUGUAUUUAGAGUGGAUCAGUCUAAAAUAACUAAUGCAGAUAUGGACGAGUGUGCUAGUUCUCCUUGUGUUCAUGGUAGCUGUACAGACGGUGUCACUGGGUUCGUGUGUAGUUGUCUGUCGGGGUAUACUGGAAUCAAUUGUGAAGUAGUCUUCCUAGUUGUGGACUUUCCUGAUUUUCUAUAUAAAAGCCUCAAAUCUACAGAUCCAAAUAAGUCAAAAACAAGAUCUUCAACAAUGUCUUACCCAACCUUUGCUUUAGUAAUAGUAUCAGCAGUACUAAACAUUUGCAGCGGCUACUCAUUGAGUCAGUUCUAUAGUUUUGGUCUAGCCGCUGGAGACAGCGAAUUGCCCGCAAAUGACGACAACUCCACUUCUAGAAUUCCUAUAGUUGUGUCAUUUCCUUUCUUUGGGUCAUCAUAUAAUUCAAUUUACGUAAAUAACAACGGCGACACUACGUUUGAGACUCCAUUAAGACAGUUUACUUCACAGCCCUUCCCAAUUAAUGGAAGUCAUAGAAUCAUAGCACCAUUUUGGACUGAUAUAGAUACAAGGCAAGGUGGGAAAUUAUGGUAUCGCAUAACAACAGACACAACUAUUUUACAAAGAGGAACAAAUAAAAUCAACUCUCUCUUUCCUGACAUUGUAACUUUCACUGCCACGUGGAUGAUGAUAAUUACAUGGGAAGAUGUAGCUGCGUAUAGCUGUUCUCCCACCGGAACAAUAAAUUGUCAACAGGUCGGGUUUAAUGCUGGUGAUGGAGAGAAUUAUUAUUCAGUUCCCGGGUCAAUGACAGACGCUGUGUUAAAUCUUUCUCAGAUGUCUAACAUUGGAAUUCCUGGACAGUUUGUAUUUAGAGUGGAUCAAGCUAAAAUAACUAAUGCAGAUAUCGUCGACGAAUGCGCCAGUUCUCCCUGUGUUCAUGGAAAUUGUUCAAAUGAAUAUCUUUAUUAUGAAUGUAUCUGUGACCCUGGAUACACGGGUGUAAACUGUGAAAAUGAAAUUGAUGAAUGCCAAAGUUCGCCAUGUAUCCAUGGAAACUGUUCUGACCAUCUUAAUCAUUAUACUUGCCAUUGUCUGGAUGGUUAUACAGGAAUUAACUGUCAGACAGAUAUUAACGAGUGUGCUAGUUCUCCUUGUGUUUAUGGUAACUGUACGGAUCAUAUCAAUGGGUACGUGUGUAAUUGCAUGCCGGGAUAUUCUGGAAUCCAUUGUGAAGUAGAUAUCAAUGAAUGCCAGAGUUCACCCUGUGUCCAUGGAAACUGCUCUGACCAUGUUAAUCACUACACAUGUCAGUGUUAUGCAGGAUUUACCGGAACCAAUUGUCAGAUAGACAUUGACGAAUGCGCCAGUUCUCCCUGCAUACACGGUAAUUGUACUGACCAAGUCAAUGGAUACACCUGUGAAUGUAUACCUGGAUAUACCGGAGUCAUCUGUGAGACAGAAAUUGACGAAUGUUCAAGUUCACCAUGUAAGCAUGGAUUAUGCAUUGAUGAAAUUAAUAAUUACAUUUGUGUUUGUGAUACGGCAUAUUAUGGGAGAGAUUGUUCACAGUUUAACUUCUCCUAUCUAAUACCAUUCUUGGUAGGAUUACUGCUGUUGGUAUUUGCCCUUGUUCUGUUACUUCUGUGGAAAAGAAUCAAAAGAGACAGUGAAAGUGAGAUGUUUGGAGUCAUUAACUUUAGUGAUACACCUUUAGGGCCUAGUAAGACAUCCUUCGGAAAACAGACACAAAGUUUCUCUACUUAUUUUAAUUUCUUAGGAUUUAUAAAUCAGUUAUGGCAAAGAAUCACAAAUUUGACUAAACCAAGUGGAAAAAUUAAUGCCAUUUCGAGCAAUACUCCAAAAAACACACAACGUUUCACGGAUAAUUCAGCAUUUCAGGCCAGCAAUAUUUAUUAUAUUCACGUAGAUUUGCCAAAGAGUUUAAAUGUUUGUGAAAUAGAUGGCACAAAACAUUAA